ACGUGCUCGGCGAGCCGCGGGGCGGCGGCGGCGGAGGGAGGGCCGGCCGAGCCGGGGAUCAAUGUCAUGACUUCCUCCAGCGCGCCCCGGCCGGGGGAAGCCGCUCGCACAGCGCCGGGGAGGCCGGGAGGCGCGCCCCCGCGGCGCGGGGAAGAUGAGCGCCGGGGACGUGGUGUGCACCGGCUGGCUCAUUAAGUCGCCCCCCGAGAGGAAGCUGAAGAGAUAUGCAUGGAGGAAGCGCUGGUUCGUGCUGCGCCAAGGCCGCAUGAGCGGGAACCCCGACGUGCUGGAGUACUACAGGAACAACCACUCCAAAAAGCCCAUCCGCAUCAUCGACCUCAACGAGUGCGAAGUGCUGAAGCACUCGGGGCCCAACUUCAUCAGGAAGGAGUUUCAGAACAACUUCGUCUUCAUCGUGAGAACCACCUACCGCACCUUCUACCUGGUGGCCAAAACCGAGGAGGAGAUGCAGAUCUGGGUGCACAACAUCAGCCAGAUCUGCAACUUCGGGCAUCUGGAAGAUGGCACAGGUUCGGUGGAGAGCCUGUCCCACACCACCUCGUCCCCGCAGCCCUCGCCAGCCGCUUCCACCCACGCCUCCCGCAUCGCCGAUCCCUCCUUCUCGGUCGACCACGCCGCUGCCGACGCUUCUGCCGCAGAGGAGACCCCCAGCGAGUCGGAGUCGGUCUUCCUCCCCGACUACCUCUUCCUCUCCAACUGCGAGUCGGGCAAGCUCAGCCACACCAGGUGUGACAGCUGGUCCAACUCGGACAGAUCCCUGGAGCAGACCUCAUCGGACGAUGUGUUUGUCGACUCGCUGCAGUCCCAGCCCUCGCUGUACCUCGUGCAGCCCUGCAGCGCCGUGCACCAGGACGCGGCCCUGCUGGCAAAUCCCGGUGCCGUGCCCAGGAGCACUGAUGUGAGCGGGACGCCCAGUGACUUUUCCUCCUCCUCUCCGCUGCUGGGGACGCCGCUGACGCCAACCUUUCAGAUUGACCAGAGCCAAAGUGCGCUGCCCUACGGCGUGAGCCAGCUGGCUGUGCUCUCCAACACGCCCCCCCCGCGGCCCCCCAAGCCCACCCACUUCUCGGACAGGCGAGGGGACGAGGCGGGCGGCGGGGCGCUGCAGAACGGCCACGCGGGGACCUGCAGGGCUCCGGUGGCGCUGGUGCCCAGGAGGAUCUCCCUGUCCAGCCUGGACAACGUGAGGAACUGGAAAGACAUGGAAGGCAGUUCUUUAAGAAGUCGGGACAAGAGGCUUAGCUUGAAUUUGCCCUGCCGGUUCUCCCCGCUCUACUCGACGGCUGCGGAUGGCGCGGAGGACAGCUACGUGCCCAUGCGCCCCAGCACCUCUCCCUCGGCGCCCGGCUCCGACUGCUCGCCCGACGGCUACAUCCCCAUGAGCCCCAGCUCGGCCACCUUCACCUUCCCCGUCGUCAGCACUGAAAAACUCACCAGCCCCUUACCCGAGCUGCCCUCCGACCUGGAGCCCCCUCCGGUGAACCGAGACCUCAAGCCUCGCAGGAAAUCACGGCCACCUCCUCUGGACUUGAGGAAUCUCUCCACAAUCCGUGAGCACGCUGCCGUGACCAGGAUGUGGACCGUGCCUUACAAUCGAAUGAGCUUUAUCUCACCAGAAAGAGACGGUAUUAAUUCAGCAAGAAUAUUUGCCAAUUCAGUUUCCGGAGAAGAGGAAGAAAGUUACAUUCAUAUGGAACACAGACAGGCAACAUCUCCAUACAGUGGUGCUUUUCCAUGGACAAGGAAAUCUAACCUUGAUUACUUAGCAUUGGAUUUUAAUUCUGCUUCCCCAUCCCCUGUACAGAAGAAACCGUUUCUUUCUGAGGAGCAGAGAGUGGACUACGUGCAAGUGGAUGAACAGAAGACGCAAGCUUUACAGAACACUAAGCAGGAAUGGACAGAUGAGAGGCAAUCAAAAGUUUAAAGGAAGAAGGUUGGGAUCUGGAGGAGAUUUUUUUUUUUGCACUGGAACCACAACGUUAAUGAAGCAGCUAUCACAGAGCUCAAAGGCGGAGCUGUAAGAUGCUUACGAUCUCCCGAGGAGUGGCAUUUUUACCAGAAACCUUUGAUUUUGGCUGGAAAUAGUAUGUUGAAUGAGUGAGUGGUUCGCUGGUGAUUGAAGGAAUGCAUUACCCUUUUUACUGCCCUUACUGGUAAGCUACAUGGUACCAUUUUCUGUCAUGGUUCUGGGACGAGUCAUACACCUAACCUUAACAAAUCCACUACACGUCACAUUAAUCUAGGUAGUCCUGCCUUCCCCCUCUUGCGUAAUUCCUAGUUGCUAAAGCUAUUUUUUGAUGUUCCUAUGGACACUGCGGGUGCUCGGGCUGCUUCUGGCAGCAGGCACCCGGCAGGUAGCGGUGACUAAUCAACUAAGGGCUAAAAUACUGAAACAAUAAAAAGAACUUUUUAUAUAGCGCUCAAGCAAAGAGAGCUUGGGGAAAUAGCUUUUUUACCCUGGGAUUAAAAAGCCUGACUCCGAGCUGCUGCUGUCAGAAGCUCAAAACAGGAGUAUGGACUGACGGGACCGGGACGCGCGGUCGCUGACCCUCCGACUGACGGUCAUCGUGCGAAGCUUCUGCUCUCCGUUGUGGCUCGUGCUUGUCGCCUCUCUGUCUGAUUACUACUGAUGUUUUCUUCCUAUCUCGAGGAGUGUCUUCAGCACAGCACAGCUGCUCCUCUAGCAGGAGGCUGCUGACACACAGCUCUUGGCUGGCCAAAAAAUAGAAAGGGAAGCUGUGAGCCUGUUUCUGCAAGUCUUGGGAGACCUGGCAAAGGAUCAAGAAUGCUUUCAUCCGAGCUGCAGAAGAAAUGCAAUUGGAAUUGCUGGUAGCAGUCAUCAAACUGAUUGUUUCAUCAGACCCACCCCAAAAAAAAGGAGAAUUAGGAAGCGCAGCGUGGUCUGUGAGAGGCUAGCAAGCCUGCCAAAAGCAAACAACAAUGCGCUCAUGCGGCGUGAGGACCUCUGCGUUCAGGAAGCUUAUCUACCUUGGGACUUGUUAGGGGCGCUAUCUCAGGAUCACAUAUGUGUAUAGUUUAUGACAUAUUUAACUUUGAAAAGCUUGGCUGCGAUCUGUCUUUUAAGGUGGCGCACAGCCACUCGAGCACUGGCAGCGUGGCCCACACUGGAUCGGACCUGGCAGGCUCUGCUCCUGCAGGUAAGUCCCACUGGCCGUCGAGGUGUGAUCCAGCCAGCGAGAACAGCCAGCCAGGGCCCUUAUGGAAGAUUUCCUUUUUGACAGGGCCAAAUCACUGGCCUCCCUCGUGUGCCUGUUCUACCACGAUCAUCUGACCUCCCCGAAACGCUUACAGACCGAGCAGAGGCUGUAGGAACGUGUCACUGCAGACGUCGCUGGCACUGAAGGUCCCUCCUUGCUCUUCUCCCUUCUGCCUCCAGCCCCUGAGCUCUCGCAGGGUGGGAGACGGGGCCAAGUCGCAUGUCCUGCUGGCAGGGGCAGCCACGAGGGCAGAAACGCCGUUUUCCUCCUACCUCAAGAGAGCUGAAGUGCUCGCGGGCCUCGCCAUUUCUUUAGAGCAGAUGCAGGCUGGGAGCUCCGUGGUGAGCACCCUGUAAGAACGAGGUUUGCCAGCAGCUUGGCUGACUCUGGGGCAAACUGGGCACUUGGCCCCCUCCCAGAAAUUGUCCUGGGUUAGAAAACAAGCUGGUUGAAACAGGGGGUUUGCGCUGCAAUGAAAGCUGAUGCUCGGAAAAGCUUUGAAAAUAAUCCAAGCUUUUCAGUGUAAAUCUGGUGUGAAGUUUAGUUAUUGAACCCCUUUUUUUUUGGUCCUAAAACUGAUGUAGGCGAGUGCUGCGGGCGUAGCCGUGGGAGAGGGGAAGUGGGCUCAGGGUGGGGCUGUGGGGAUCCGCACCUCUGCAGGGCUGUGCCAGAGAGGGCUGCAGUUAGAAACACGUCUGCCUCUGCUCAGAAGAACUGCCGCUGCAAGGCGUACAAAUAACAAAUGUCACUGAAAGCUUUCAGCGUAUGCUGCAGUAUGGAGUUACAUGUCUGGACGAGAUGUGUAUUGCAUCAGGGGACCAUCACGCUCAGGAGCCUUGCAAAGCACAGAAAGCAUCCGCAAAGGGCAAGCACAAUGAUACUAAGCUGCUGCAGAGCCUCAACUGCAGAGGGAGGGCAUGCCAGCCUCAAAUUCAGGCUGCAGCAGCGUGCAAAUCAGCUCGUGUUUUACCGGAGUGUUUCUUUUCAUGCUGUCAGAAAACCUUCUGAAGUGGAAAAAUACCAAGCUAUCGAGAACAACUGUCACACUUGUUAUUCUAGUUUGUUGUAAAACUAUUUAAACUUGGACAAACAUGGCUACUGGGUCAUUCAGAAGUUUAGGAAAGAGCAAGCUCUUUUGGUUUUAUUUUCCUAAAAAUAUAUAAAUAUUCAGCUUGGAGGUGGCUGUCCUUAGCUCAGUCUCCCCCUUAAACUUCCGCAUGUCUCCUUCCUGCCCCUGGAGCUAUCUUAUCUCCAUCAAACACAGCUUACUGGUUUCUAACUUUCGCUUCUAAACUAAAAGCUAAGUAUGGGGUUUUGUUCAGAUUUCUCAUUUAAGGUCCUGCUCCAGGGUCUGUGACAUGUAUUCCUGUGCAAGUACAAUGCACAAAACAGGAGCAAUUAAAAUGCAGAAGUUUAAAAGCAGAGCAGUCCUCCCCAAAUGCUUUUUGUCCCCUCCACAUAGUCAAAUUGUGCAAUACUCCGAAGAGGGUAUAGAAAAGGAGGGUGGUGUGAGGAUGGCAAAGGCUGACUGCAGAGGUCACCCCCAUCAUUAGGGAUUUCAGUCUGAAAUGGAGCCACCACCUCGCCAUGGUCCACCAGUGACGCACCCACAUGCUGCUGUCAGCAUCCCUGCAGCCUGCUGGCAGGAGGAGAGAUGUUGCAGUGCUCAGUAAAUUCUGCUCGCUGGCCAAAGAGGAAAGAAAAACUGUGAAAGCACCUGAAAGCUGAAUGAGCUUUUGACAGCGCCGUGUCUGAAAACGUAGUUCAGGCAGGAUGCCAGGCACGCCUCUGGUAGCCUCCUGUUUGCUGCAGGGCUAUUGUUUUGUUAUCUGUACGUAUUUUGUAAAAAAUAUCAGGGGAGUUGAUGCAGAGGGAGGCUCUGCGCCUUUAUGAGCGCGGCAUGGCCAGCAGCCCCUUCUGAAGCUCCUGUCUCCUGGGGAGCUGGCUUUGCCCUGCUCGGGACCUGUAGUGCCUUCUCCAGCACCGCUGGGGGUUCUUGCUCAAAGCGGAGAAGCAUUAAACAAGCGGAGUGGGUUUUGUUUAAUUAGCAGCGUCGCCGUGCGGGGUUUGCAGGUGCAGCUGGACUGCGUGAUGAGGCGGAGGACAGGUGGACGGUGCUGGUGCUGUGGUUGCUGUGCGAGCCCCGCAAGGAGGUUGUGGGGUCCAGCUGGUUCCUGCAUCGCCGGCACCGUGGGGUGCUGGCCCGGCAUGGCACAGGUGGGAGGAGGUUGGGGCCGGUACGGAGCUCUGCUGCCAAAUCGUUUGUGGCCAGCAGGUGCAAGAACACCUGCUGGAGAUAAAUCCUACCGAAUAGAAAGAGAUUAAACUGCUCGGAACUUCUUUCCCGAGGAGAGCGGGAUUUAAGUGCUUGCUGGGAGUUGCGCUCGGUCCCGAGGUCUUCGCUCAGUUUGAGUUUAACACAGCCGCAUUCUGCAGUCCUUCAGUGGUCACGCAGAGCAUAGCAGGAUCCAGGACUCUUGCUUUUUGGACUAAACCGUAUUUUCCAUUUAUAACUCCUUUAUUACAGGAGACAGCAUUAAAUACCUUACCGUCAGAUAGGAACACUUUACCUGAGAAAUGCCAACAGCCAUUUAACUCGAGCCAGGUGGUUUCCACCUGCUCGCUUUUGCCAAGGGUAGUGCCCGCUCUCUUCCGUGCCGCUGAUUACAUCAUAGAUGUACAUUUUGGAGUUGCGUUGACUUUCAGUGAUUCAGUGGUUGAGGAAUUCAAAGACCAUCAGAUGCUGUGAUGAGAAUGAAGCACAGGGCAAUGCCUUUCCUUUGUUCCCCUGUUCCGCGAGAAUUGCUCAGGUUUGAAAAAAAAAAAAGCCACCAAAAUAGCAGACUUUGCCAUUUCGAAGCCAGAAUAUUUUUUGUUCAAAUAAGAAUAAACUUUUUGUGUUGUGCAAAUGAAGCAUUAUACUUUUUUUUUUUGUAUUUGUAAAUCUGUGGGGAAGCAUUAAACAGUCAUCUCUGUUACGAAGGAGUAAGUCAUUGAUAGAGCGGAGGGGCUCUCCCUUCCCGACGUUUCAUUGUAAUGUUGGUUGUAUAUAUUUGCACAUUAAACUGUGUAUCUUUUUUUUCUAAUAAAUUAAUAUAAAACAU